AGCGCCUCUGUUGUUCACUCUCUGUCUCGAUCUUCUUCUCCGUUUGUUGAUAAACCAUUGAUUGAUUGAUUCAUCGGAGAAGAUGCAAGAAAUGUGGAAUGCUCCUCCUGGUUUUAGGCCCACCAAAUCCGCCCCUUGCUCGCCUGCUAAGCCUCUCGGGGUCUCGAGAACUCGUUCCGAGUCAUUUCAUGUUGCUCAUAAGGUUCCUGUUGGUGAUUCCCCUUAUGUCAGGGCCAAAAAUGUUCAGCUGGUGGAUAAGGAUCCCGAGAGAGCCAUCCCUUUGUUUUGGGCAGCAAUUAAUUCAGGAGAUAGAGUGGAUAGUGCUUUGAAGGAUAUGGCUAUUGUUAUGAAACAGCAGAAUCGAUCAGAGGAAGCGAUUGAGGCCAUUAAGUCCUUGAGGAUCCGAUGUUCUGAUCAAUCUCAGGAGUCUCUUGAUAAUAUCCUUCUGGACCUUUACAAGAGAUGUGGGAGAUUGGAUGACCAAAUUGCGCUGUUGAGGCGCAAAUUGUUCUUGAUUCAGCAAGGAAUGGCUUUUAAUGGAAAGCGAACAAAGACAGCUCGCUCUCAAGGCAAGAAAUUUCAAGUCUCUGUGGAGCAAGAGGCCACUAGAUUGCUGGGUAAUUUGGGAUGGGCACUUAUGCAACAGAACAACUACACUGAAGCGGAGGAUGCUUACAGAAGGGCACUGGCGAUUGCAGCAGACAGUAACAAGAUGUGCAAUUUGGGGAUUUGUUUGAUGAAACAGGGCAGGAUUACUGAGGCUAAAGAGACUCUGAGGAGAGUUAAGCCGCCAGCGGUAGCUGAUGGGCAAAGAGGUGUUGAUUCGCACCUGAAAGCCUACGAGAGAGCUCAACAGAUGCUCCGUGACCUUGAGUCAGAAAUGAUGAACAAGGGUGGUGACAGGAUAGAACAGUCUAAGCUGUUUAAUGCAUUUUUGGGCUCUUCUGCUAUUUGGCAGCCUCAGCCUUGUAGAGAACUCAAUGCUGCUCCAAAUCCAUCGGUUACCCCUGCUAGACGGCUCCAAGAUGAUUUUGCUGAUGAGAAUGUGAAUUCAAACAACAUACCUAAUCAGCCAAAUCCGCAAGGGCCAGGCAAACCAACUGUUCCUUUCGGGAAUUCACUUAACAUCGCGGCACAACCAUUCUUUUCAUCCAAAUUUGUGGCCCCCCAGCCGCCUGCUGAUAACCAGUCAAUGACAGACCGGCUUAAGAGAACAAGGUCAGCUAAUGCUGCUGGUACAGCAGCGGAUGCUGAUGGUGCAGCUAAUUUGAACUUGACUGUAGGUAACAAGUUCGGUCAAUCUUGGAAGCCUCCAUUGAUGGAGACUAAAAGUCAGCCCAAUUCUCCAAAAGGCGACAAGUGGAAAGAGCUGGCCUUACCUGAUAACAAGGAUUUUGAGGACGCAAUUCUUGCUGCUGUUUUGGGUUCUUUAACUGAUGAACCGAAGAGCAAACUUGUGGUGAAAAAUGGAGAGGGUGAAGUGGGAAAAGUGCAGCUGAAGGUUGAAAAGAAGAGGCUCAAGGUGUUUCAACAAAUUGCUCCAUCUUUAAGCCCAAGGACCUGAAAACAAUAUUUUUAUUAUUUAGAUAUGAGAAUAACAACCUAUUGGGAAGGGUUAUUUGAUUUAUUUAUGUAGGACGGAGAUGAUCUUUUUCUCCUCUGACUCCUCGCUCUCGUGGUGAUGGGAGUCUGGUGGUGGUUUCCUGGUUUGUGGUUUUAGAAGUUUAACAAUUAUUAACUCAGUUGUUUUUUUCUUGAAUUUUUCUCCUCCUUGAGAAGGUAAUGCUUAUGAAAUCUUUCCCAGACAUUCUGUUGAAAUCUUCAUUUCCGUUAUUUUUGCAUUAUGGUUUUUAGAUUCUGA